CGCCAGUUUCGCGCAUCGCCAGCCGUUCAGCCUGGUUCAACCGCAUGUUGGUUUCGGCACGUUUCAAGUUUGGGCUGUUUAUCAAAGUGUAGAAGCUGUUGUAGCACGAAAGUGUUACCCCGUGACAAUGUCGGAUAUGAAGUACAUCCUGGUGACUGGUGGUGUGAUCAGUGGUGUUGGCAAAGGCGUAAUUUCAAGCUCAUUUGGCACGAUUCUCAAAUGCUGCGGCAUUGAAGUAACGUCCAUCAAGAUCGAUCCGUACAUUAAUUUGGACGCUGGUACUUUUUCACCCUAUGAACAUGGCGAAGUUUUCGUUCUUGACGAUGGUGGUGAGGUGGAUUUAGAUUUGGGCAACUAUGAGCGUUUUCUCAACAUUACUUUACAUCAUGACAACAAUAUUACAACCGGCAAGAUCUACAAAAUGGUUAUUGACCGUGAAAGGCAAGGGGAUUACCUUGGAAAAACCGUGCAAGUUGUUCCUCAUAUUACGGAUGCAAUCCAAGAAUGGUGCGAACGAGUAUCUCGUAUACCAGUGAGCGACAGUGGUAAAACUCCAGAAGUUUGCAUUAUUGAGCUGGGAGGAACAAUCGGCGACAUUGAAUCUAUGGCAUUUGUUGAAGCAUUUAGACAAUUCCAAUUUCGCGUGAAACGCGAGAACUUCUGCACUGCUCACGUCUCCCUAGUUCCUCAACCCAGAUCCACUGGCGAACAGAAAACCAAACCAACACAAGCAUCAGUUAGAGAAUUACGUGGUUUAGGCUUGUCUCCAGAUAUUAUCGUCUGCAGGUCAGAGCGACCAAUCGACCAGACAGUCAAAAACAAAAUUUCAAACUUUUGUCAUGUUGCCCCAGAGCAGGUAAUAUGCAUUCCAGACUUGUCCUCCAUUUACGAAGUGCCAAUCUUUAUGGAAUCACAUGGUAUUGUUGCGUACUUAAACGACCGGCUUAAACUGAACAUUAAUCCGGUUCUACCAGCGCGAAAAUUUAUGCGACAAUGGAUAGAACUCUCUCAUCGCAUUGAAAAUCUUCGUACAGAUGUUACUAUCGCAUUGGUUGGUAAAUACACACGCUUGGAAGAUUCUUACACGUCAAUCACAAAAGCUCUACAACAUGCAGCCAAUAUGUUAGGGUAUAAUAUAAAAAUUAAUUUUAUCGAGGCGACUAACUUGGAAAGUGAAACAUUGAAAGACGAACCUGUUGCUUAUCAUGAGUCUUGGUCUUCUUUAGUUCAAAGCGAAGGUGUAAUUGUUCCUGGUGGUUUUGGUAAACGCGGCGUAGAAGGUAAAAUCGCUGCCUCCAAAUGGUGUCGCGAUAAUAACAAACCAUUCCUUGGAAUUUGUCUUGGUUUCCAAACGGCGGUCAUCGAGUUUUCGCGACAUGUGCUUAAACUGGCCGAUGCACAUUCCGCUGAAUGUGAAGAGACAACAAAGAAUCCGGUUAUCAUUGACAUGCCGGAACACAACACUGGUCAAAUGGGUGGUACCAUGAGACUUGGCAAACGCACAACUGUAUUUAAAAAGGAUGUUGAUUUUAGCAAAUUAAAACGUUUGUAUGGAAACAAAGACAAAAUAGAAGAACGUCAUCGUCAUAGGUUUGAAGUGAACCCUGCGUAUAUCGAAUCAUUAGAAGAAGCUGGUCUUAAAUUUGUUGGUGUUGAUGUAGAAGCCACCCGAAUGGAAAUCUUCGAAAUGGAUAAUCAUCCUUACUAUGUAGGAACGCAAUUCCACCCGGAAUAUUUAUCGCGACCAAUGUCGCCAUCCGCACCGUUUAUUGGUCUCGUGCUUGCCGCCAAGAAGAAACUACGUUCAUACCUGAGCAAAGGCUGCAAACUCUCCCCUAAGGGUAAUUGCAAAUAUGAUGAUAGUGUCGCUAACAAGAAUCGAGAUCUGCUUGACUAUGUCAACAAUGUUGAUAGAAUUAUUGCGAGAAAAAGUUGUUUUUGCGAGCUAAAUGACGAUGAUGAAGUCACUGAAAGGAUGUCUCGCAUUGAAGUCGCGGAUGGAAGCAGCAGCGCUUACAGCAGUUCUUGAGCCUAAUAAGUUCGAUUUUUGACUGUAUUAAUAAUACACAAUCACUUUAUUUUUGUUAUUAUUCCAAAAGUAAUGAAUGCUAUUAUGAAUUCCAUUUGAAUUGUAAUUAUACAGUUAAUAUAAUAGAAAUGUGCAAAUGCAAACAA